GCAAUGCAUCCAAAACAGUCCGAGUUUUUUUAACCCUGUGGUUAACUUGGCAGCCUUUCUGUAGUUGAAAGUAUUAUUAUUUUUUUUUUUACAUUAUUUGCUGCUACGGGGAUCCAGUUGGGCAAUGGAAUCCAGCCUCACGAGCGAGUGAAGGCAAUAGCAGCGCGGCGGUGGGAGAAAACGCGGAUUCUUCCUCUCUUGCCAUCUCUUUCAAUAGAAGAAGAGAAGAAGAGAAGAAAUAAUAGAGAUUCAAGGACGAAGGUGAGACCUUUGAAUUGAAACAGAGGCUAUGAAGCAAUGCCGCUCUGGUUUUGAUGAGCUCCUGAGAUUCUUCCCUUGAGAAAGCUGGGAUUUGUGGGAUAUGUUUUCGAUCUUUCUCGACCGCCCAUAUGCGUUCUUUUUCCCUUUUUCUUCUAAAAGUCUCAUCUUGGUGUUCUAAAUUUUAAUGAUCUACUGGUAGGUCCGGCGGAGCUUCAUAGAAUGAUAAGAAAUCCAGCCUCCAAUGCCAUGUUCUGCACUUUACUGAAUCGGAACUGAACCACAAAGAUCUCCCUUUGGAAAAAGUUCCCUCCUUUGUUUCUCUUUUGUUACUGUGAUAUCGACAUUUACGGGGACCCUUUCGUGGCCAAGUUGAAGGCCAACCUCUCUUUUUCCAACAACGCUCUUCUCCUUCCAUACUUGUUUUUGUCUUGGGGGCAGGAAAGGUGUCUCCUUUAAUUUGCUUAGAUUUGAUUCGAAGGUGUUUGAUUUGGUCUUCUGGUGAAUUAGCAUUGGGGCAGGCAGUGUGGGCGAUGUCGAGGCCGCUUUCCCGGUGGUCCACCGGCAGUGGGCGGAUCACUGGCAUCUCCGACCGAGACCCAUUCAAUCAGGAUUACUCGAAGGAUUUUGCUGAGAAUGGUUUCGGGCACGAGGCCGGAGCUUGUCAGAGCCGGCAGGGAACAGGGCUUCCCUUCGUCAAGCUAGGCUUGGCCCUUGUCAUGGUGCUUGCCCUCCUCGGCUCCCUUUAUUGGACCAUAUCCAUCUCCACCUUGUCUCAGGUUCCCAUCAACCGGGGCCACCGCCGUCUGCAGGAGCUGCUUGUCUUGGACCUCUCGGAGAUCGGUGAGCUGUCGCUUGGUUCCGCCAAGUUGAGGGAGCUUGAAUUCUGCUCAUCUGAGUAUGAGGAUUAUGUCCCAUGUUACUGCAAUGUUUCGGAGAGUUUGGAUGCCGGAGAUCCAGAUGGAACAAUGGAGUAUGAGCGCCAGUGUGUUCGGGAGUCUGCCAAGGAACAUGGCUGUUUAGUUCUGCCGCCGAGGAAUUAUAGAAUUCCCAUUAGAUGGCCGAGUGGGAGAAACUUCAUUUGGAAGGAGAAUGUGAAGAUCACCGGGCUCGAGUUCUCCUCUGGGAGCUUGACAAAGAGGAUGAUGGUGGAAGAAGAGCAGAUCUCGUUUCGCUCGGACUCCCUUAUGGUUGAUGGAGUAGAAGAUUAUUCACAUCAGAUAGCAGAGAUGAUUGGGCUGAAAAAUGAGUCUAAUUUUAAUGAAGCAGGGAUUAGAACUGUCUUAGAUAUAGGGUGCGGCUUUGGUAGCUUUGGGGCACACCUCUUCUCCAGACAGUUGCUGACUAUGUGUAUUGCCAACUAUGAGCGCUUUGGUAGUCAAGUCCAAAUUACUCUUGAAAGAGGCAUGCCUGCUAUGAUCGGUUCUUUUGCAUCAAAACAGUUGCCAUAUCCAUACCUCUCUUUUGAUAUUGUGCAUUGUGCAAGAUGUGAGAUUGACUGGGAGAAGAAAGAUGGUAUUUUCUUGAUUGAGGUUGACAGACUCUUAAGGCCUGGAGGUUACUUUAUCUGGACCUCACUUACAAAUACUCAAAGAUUACUGCAUGAUAAAGAUAAUCAGAAGAAGUGGUCACUUAUUCAUGAUUCUGCUGAGAAGCUCUGCUGGGAUAUGAUGUCACAACAAGAGGAGACAAUUGUAUGGAAAAAGACUACCAAGAAGAAAUGUUAUAGUUCUCGGAAAUCUGGACCUCCUGUCUGUGACAGAAUUCACGAUCUUGAGUCUCCAUAUUACCAACCACUCAAUCCUUGCAUAGCAGGAACCGGAAGUCAGAGAUGGCUUCCUAUUGAAUACCGGACACCAUGGCCUUCUCGAGCUACAUUAAACUCCACUGAACUUGAUAUCUAUGGCUUACAGUCAUGGGACUUUGCAGAGGAUGCAUUGAACUGGAAGUCUGUGGUUCAUAAUUAUUGGACUCUUCUUUCACCGCUGAUAUUCUCAGAUCAUCCAAAGAGACCUGGUGAUGAAGAUCCUUCCCCACCCUUCAACAUGCUCAGAAAUGUACUAGACAUGAAUGCUCGAUUUGGCAGCUUUAAUGCUGCUUUAUUGGAUGCUGGGAAGACUGCAUGGGUUAUGAAUGUAGUUCCCACAAGUGGUCCCAACUACCUUCCUCUUAUCUUUGAUAGGGGAUUCAUUGGUGUUCAUCAUGAUUGGUGUGAAGCAUUUCCAACAUAUCCAAGAACAUAUGAUAUGGUGCAUGCUGAAGGAUUGCUAACACUUGAGACCAAUCAACAAGACAGGUGUUCCAUGAUUGAUAUAUUCUUGGAGGUAGAUCGUAUUCUCAGACCCGAGCCAGCUAUGAAGGAGAAGAAAACUAUAUUGUCCAUCACAUCUAAACAUUCCCUGAGCUGCACAAAUAUUGUUGUAUGCACAAGGAACGAGGAAGUGUUAUGUGUGAAUACAAGUACUAAGAAGUCAUGGUAUGCCAUAUCGGUCGGUACUGGUACAUACUGACCAUACCAUACCAAACUGGUACCAUGUUGGAACAUAGUAUGGGGGCCAUAUCGAAUGUUGGUACACCAAAUCGACGCCCAUACCAGGCAUACUAAUACUGUACUAGGAUGGUACUGGCAUGGGUUCUAGUACCCAGAUGGUAAACUUUGCUAAAAACAAUUACUAAGUUUCAAACAUUAUUCAUUCUACUUUUUUGUUAGAAUUAUCAUUCAAUGUAAAUGUGAAAAUAAAGGUGAAAAUCCAAUGCCCAUUAGUGGGUUCGAGCCUGCCCAGUCACGAUGAGAAUUAUAAUAUAUGCUAGGUCUCGAUGCGGGUUAGGAUCCUGGGUUAAUAUUUUGGUUAGCAAGAGUGAAUUCUUAACUUGGAGGGGGCUGGUCCAAAUUUGUUCUCGUAAUGCCACCCAUAUCCAUGGGUUCACUGCCAAUUAUUGUCCUCUGUGCCUUUGGAGAAAUUUCUAUUUGAAGGUCAAAAGUAUUUCACAUAUCUCCGAAAUAUCUUCACAUCAUUCGAUGCUGUGUACUGAUCAUCUCCAAUUCUAUUAAGGUUAUCUUAUAUCAUUUUGUGGCAUUGAAUACUCAAUAAUUUUAUGUUUUAAGUAUGAAAUAUAUUGGAGAGUCGUAAUUAUAUGACGGUUUCAUCUAACAGUAAGUUUUACCAAAUACAGCUUAGUACGGAGUAACUUUAUCAGUCUAUUCAUAGUUAAGGCUGGAGUUAGAGUUGAACUGCAAUGCAAGGAGAAAAGGUUUUUAGAAUAGAUUUAACAAGAUGUUUUAUUGUAUUAGCACAACUGCAACAGCAACUCAGAGAACUUGCUUCAGAUCUUAUUAGGUUAUUUCUGUUGUGGAGCUGCUGAUAAGAUGAGUUUGAAAUAAUUUCCCAUGUAAAGGACUGGAAGAUGCAGUUAGCCUCAAGCAAAGAUCUGAAAUAUAAGCUUGCCAGUUCAGCCUAUCAAAAGCAGUGUUUGGUUCUAGAUUGGAGGAGGAUGCAAAAUUUUUAAGGAUUUUACAGUCAUUGCAGAAACUGGAUUGUUAUUUGAGUGUUGCCGAGUUUUGCUUGUAUUAGGUGGAUUUGGCCGGAUAGUUUCAGAAAUUUUUUUAUAGAGAUCUUCCCUAGUUCUGCAGAGAUUAUAUUUCAUUUAAGGACUUAACAGCCAUCUUUAAGAAUUGGCUAUUGCUAUUAAAGUUUGGAAGUGUUUGGCUUUAAUUCAGUCUGCAAGUAUAGAUCUGGGAAGUUUUCUGUGGGAUUCAUGUUUUAUCAUUCAACAGAGUCUGUAUUUUUGUUCAAAUGUGCUUAGUGGUUGGUUUGAAUCCUUAUAAGGGCAGCAGCUACUUUAGCGAAGAUACCACAAGACACAGCUAUUGAAGUUUGUCUUGGCCUUCUUACUAGAUUAAGCAAAUUAUACUUGUAUUAAUGAUUUUUCAUUUUUCAAGACAUUUUUAUAGCUAUCUACGAGAUCUAGACUACAGUGUUAUCACAACAUUUCAUUCACUCUUCUUCAUCGGACAUGCUUUGGUUGAUUCCCUGCACCUUGUGGUUGCCCUAUAGCGCAAUCUAAUACCCAAUGGGCAUCAACAAUAUUAUGCAUGGACAUAGUUGCGUGCCUGAAUUGGAUUUUUGUACUUUAUCGUAUCCUUUCACAAGAGAUUUGGCUCAUUCCUUUGCUCUGUGUACCUUUUCUUUUUCCCUUUGUUUUGUAGUUUAAGAGGUCAGAAAUACUCUUUUUCACAGAAGAAGGACAAAAGCAGUGGAUCCAUAUUCUAUUCAAGAAUCAAAAUUCAUUGAAUUUUAGAGUACCUAUAGAAUGCAAAGAACUUAAUCCUUUAAGUUCAAACUGCUCGGCAUCUCCAAGAUACUUGCUUAUAUCUUGACUCGAGUCAUUAUAGUAUAACACAAAACCAGUAAGAUAUAAGUAUCAUUGCUCUUGUGCUACUUUGAUUCAAAAGCUGUUGCUUGCUUGCCUG